AUGGGCCUCUCCAGCGGCCUCCACGACGUCUCCGGCUCGGCGCCCCUGCCGCUGCUCCUCCUGGGGUCCCUCGCCUCCGCGCUCGCGUCCCUCUUCUCCGUCGUCAGCUCCCCUAGCGCAGGCGCCAGCGCGAACACAACUGCCGCGCCCCCCACCGCCUCCGUCCGUUUCUCCGGCCUCGACGCGCUCGUGGCGCUGGCGGACUAUCUCGCGGCAUCUUAUGUCUCUACCGCGGAUGGGGCCACCGCGGCGGCAGCCGGCGACUGCACGGUGUGUCUGUCGGCUAUCGCGGUGGGUGAGCGCGUGCGCACGCUCGCGUGCCGGCACUCCUUCCACGCCGCCUGCCUUGACGGUUGGUUCGACCAGAGCAGCCUCUCCUGCCCGCUCUGCCGCGCCGGACCUGCCGAGCGAGAUGACCACGCUGGGUGCCGCGCCGGCGAGGAUGCCGUCUCGUGGUUCGCCCGUUUCUGA